CAUAGAGACACAUGGUGGCGCUGCAGGAUAAGAUGAAAACAGUGCAUGGACCACACUGUGGACUCCAUUAUUCAAGGGAACAGAGAACAGUCAACUCAUUCAAGAGAGGCAUUAAGGAGCUUCACUUUCAGAGCUGUCGGGAGGGCUCUACACCCUCCAGGGUUUACUUAUUCUAAAAAAUCAGAGCUUCGGCUCCCAAAAUUAGGGCUAAACUUAAAUUUUUCCACAAAGGAGAUUGCUUGAAGGAACCAUGGCGAUCAGAGGAGCGCUCACUUUGCGGAAAAGGCAAGUCGCAAUUCUCUUUGUUUUGCUGGGAUUGUCUGAGGCGGGUCCUGACUCUGUGCGCUAUUCUGUGGCAGAGGAAGCAGAAAUUGGCUCUUUUGUGGCCAAUCUGGCAAGGGAUCUGGGGCUUGGGGUGGAGGAGCUGUCCUCCCGGGAGGCUCGGAUAAUUUCUGAUGAUAAUGGCAGGCAUUUGCAUCUCAAUUUAUUGACUGGGGAUUUGCUCCUAAACGAGAGACUAGACCGAGAGGAGCUGUGCGGCUCUGCAGAGCCCUGCGUGUUACAUUUUCAGGUGUUAUUGCAAAACCCUUUAAAGUUUUUCCGGACUGAGCUGCACAUCAAAGAUAUAAAUGAUCACUCCCCGACAUUCCUGGACAAGGAAAUACUUUUGAAAAUAUCAGAAGGUACCACUCUUGGAACGGCAUUCCCAAUGGAGAGUGCCCAAGAUUUGGACAUAGGAAGCAACGGUCUCCAAAACUAUACAAUUAGCCCCAAUUCUCAUUUCUACAUUAAAAUUCAAGACAGCGGUGAUGGAAAGAUAUACCCAGAACUGGUCCUAGACAGAAUGUUAGAUCACGAAAAGGAGCCUGAGCUCAGAUUAACACUUGUAGCACUGGAUGGUGGGUCCCCACCCAGGUCUGGGACAACAUUGGUCCUCAUCGAGGUCUUGGACAUCAAUGACAACGCCCCUGAGUUUCCGCAGAGGCUCUAUGAGGUGCAGGUCCCAGAGGACACAGCCAUUGGCUCCCGGAUAAUCACCAUCUCUGCUAAGGACUUGGAUGCAGGACAUUAUGGGAAAAUAUCUUACAUAUUUUUCCAUGCAUCUGAAGAUAUUCGUAAGACAUUUGAAAUCAACCCAACAUCUGGUGAAGUUCGUUUGAUAUCUAGCUUGGACUUUGAAGUAAUACAGUCUUACACUGUAAAUAUUCAGGCAACAGAUGGCGGGGGGCUUUCGGAAAAAUGCACUCUUCUGAUUAAAGUAAUGGAUAUAAACGAUAACGCACCAGAAGUGACCAUGUCAUCAAUUACCAACAGAAUUCCAGAAAACGCACCACAGACCAUUGUCGCUGUUUUUAGUAUUCGAGACCAAGACUCUGGGGACAAUGGAAGGAUGGUUUGCUCUAUUCAAGAUGAUCUCCCUUUCAUCAUGAAACCAACAUUUAAGAAUUUUUUCACUCUGGUUUCUGAAAAAGCACUGGACAGAGAGAUGAGAGAGGAGUAUAACGUCACCAUCACCGUCACCGACAUGGGGACCCCCAGGCUGAAAACCCAGCACAACAUCACCCUGCUGGUCUCCGACGUCAACGACAACGCCCCCGCCUUCACCCAAACCUCCUACACCCUGUUCCUCCGCGAGAACAACAGCCCCGCCCUGCACAUCGGCAGCGUCAGCGCCACAGACAGAGACGCGGGCGCCAACGCCCAGCUCACCUACUCGCUGCUGCCGCCCCGCGACCCGCAGCUGCCCCUGGCCUCGCUGGUGUCCAUCAACGCGGACAACGGCCACCUGUUCGCCCUGAGGGCGCUGGACUUCGAGGCCCUGCAGGCGUUCGAGUUCCGCGUGGGCGCCACGGACCGCGGGUCCCCCGCGCUGAGCAGCCAGGCGCUGGUGCGCGUGCAGGUGCUGGACGCCAAUGACAACGCGCCCUUCGUGCUGUACCCGCUGCAGAACGGCUCUGCGCCCUGCACCGAGCUGGUGCCCAGGGCGGCCGAGCCGGGCUACCUGGUGAGCAUGGUGGCGGUGGACGCAGACUCGGGCCAGAACGCCUGGCUGUUCCAGCUGCUCAAGGCCACGGAGCCCGGGCUGUUCGGCGUGUGGGCGCAUGGCGAGGUGCGCACGGCGCGGCUGCUAGUCAAGGACAAUGGCGAGCCCGCGCUGUCUGCCAGCGUCACGCUGCACGUGCUGCUGGUGGAUGGCUUCUCGCAGCCCUACCUGCCGCUGCCGGAAGUGGCGGCCGACCAGGCGCAGGCCGACCCGCUGACCGUGUACCUGGUCAUCGCGUUGGCGUCGGUGUCGUCGCUGUUCCUGUUCUCGGUGCUGGCGUUCAUCGCGGUGCGGCUGUGCAGGCGGAGCAGGGCCGCCUGGGUGGGUGGCUGUUCGGUGCCUGAGGGCCACCUUCCGGGCCACCUGGUGGACGUCAGCGGUACUGGGACCCUGUCCCAGAGCUACCAGUAUGAGGUGUGUCUGAUGGGAGGUACUGGGACAGAUGAGUUUAAAUUUCUGAAGCCAAUUAUUCCCAAUCUUCCAAUCCAUGACACUGGUAGGAAUGUAGAGGAAAAUGAGAACUUUAGGAAUAGCUUUGGAUUCAACAUCCAAUAAAAUUUUUAUUUUAAACAUUUAAUCUUUCAUUAUUCUUGGUAAACUGGUAAUACUUUGCCAAUUUAUAGUGGAUUUCAGUUGUACAGUAGUUGCAUGUAUUAUUCCUGAAGCUCUUGCAUUUUGCUUUACAAAUUUUUAUUAGUUUGUAUGUUU